GACAGUCUCCCAGUAGAUUCAAAGAAUUACACCGUAGUGUGAAAUAGUGAUAAAGUGCAACACGUUAUUAGAUUAAAAAGUGACCAAAGAGAAGUCAUUAUGAUCGGGAAACUAGUGGUUCUACUAUUCGUGCUGGGGUUUGCUGCUGCAGGAGAUAACAAUUCUACCACAACGACAACCACCAAAGCAAACGCGAACGUCACCAGCACCACCACCGCCAAAGCAAAUGCGAAUGUCACCACCACCACUACCACAACUAAAACUCUUAAAACUAAUACUUCGUCAUCGCAAAUAGCGGUUUACAAGCAAUUCGAGGGAGUUGACCCAAAUACACUACAAUGCGAUCCAAAGGGACAGAUAUUCCUUCUUUUGCCUCACUUCACCGACUGUACGAAGUUCUUCAUGUGCACCCACGGCGAGGAAGUUCUUUUCACGUGCCCCGGAGGACUUUAUUUCGAUUUCGAAAUACAGGUUUGCAAUUGGCCAAGAGACACAAAUUGCAUACUUCGUGAUAUACCAGACGACAAUGACGUGGAAGGUUCAGGUGAAGAGGAGUUCGACUGGCUCUCAGACAGCGCCGAAAAGGCUUCCGACGGUUCAGUCCUCAGUCUGACAGCCGAAGAGGUAUUGAAUGCGGUUAGGCCAAUGUCCUUGGAGGCGCCACCCAGGUCUCGAGGACAUAACAUCAUUCUCAACUGCUUCCGAGCUGAUUCUGCCUCUAGACAGGUGCCUUAUAAGGGCGAUUGCCAGCGUUACUGGCGCUGCAUGAACGGAGUCCCUCAAGCCGCCUACUGCUCAGAUGGACUAUUCUUCAACGAGAGAACCCAACAGUGUGACUUCGAAGCUAACGUCAAGUGCAUGGUUGAACAGGAGGACGAACUGAAGAGCGAGUUCAUUGCCGUUAAGUAGACCCGAACUUUGAAGACCAAGAAUUGAAAUAGAAUGUUCUUUUCCUUCCGCUUACACUAACUAGAUUUUAUGUGGACAUGGUGACUUUAAUUUUUUUUUACAAUAAUUUUACUUACUAAAUAUUAAAUAAAAUUGUCCUCUAGAGCGCGGGUGCUGUAAAGUUACGUUCUCUAAACGUCGUGAACAAAAAAUAAGGACUAAGGAAUAACCAAAAUGCGGUAAAAUGAACAAAAGUGAAUACAUAACUUUUGUAUUGAUUUGAAAUUUGAACUUUGUUUUUAAUUUUGUUUCAUAUAUUUUACUAUAGAUAUUUGGCUCGAGACUCCAACCAACAAAAAAAGGUAGAGGAAGCGCUGCGUAGAUUUCAAGUGAAACUGAACCAUAUCGAAAUUAUCCUCAACUUAUUGUAAGAACAUACACAUUAGCAAUGCAUAGAAUAGAGUAGAAUAGAAUAGAAUCAUUUUUAUUCAUUAUAGAUUAUAGUACAUGAUACUUAUUGGUCAUUAAUAAUAAAUGUACUUGUCUAUGUAUAUAAAAUAUGUUACGAGCCUAUAUAUACGAGCCUGUAUAUAUACAACCUAUAACAUGCUUUUUGUUGCAUAUGUGUGCGUUUAAAGCCGAGCUGUUAUAAUUUAAAAUUAAACAUUUUGUACAGCCGACUUCAAUAUAAGUUAUUACGAAUAACUCAAUAACUAUUGGUCUGACCUUGAUCAAAUUAGUACGGAACUACACGAGAAGUACCAGCUUUCAACUAAAAAAGAAUCAUCGAAAUCGGUUCACCCAGUAAAAAGUUAUGAGGUAACACACAUAAAAAAACAUACAGUCGAUUUGAGUACCGUCUCCUUUUUGGAAGUCGGCAGAAAGAGAAAGAAGAAUAAUGUGUGAUAACGUUUCAAGAAGUUGAGUUGAGUCAAUAGAUAAAAAAAGGUUGUAAUGAAUAUCUAUUUUUUUUUUAAUUUUAUAUUAAAAUCAUCAAUAUUGUGGUUAACACCAAAACUUAGAGAUCUACUUUUUCAAAAAUAUCGUUUAUCAUAGUUGGGUUAUCUUACAGAUUAAUUAUAAUGUAUGUUAUCAGUAAAUAUCAUGGAUUACCCAUUAAUAUUUGUUUUGAAUUAUAAAGAGGAAAUACGUUCAAAUAAUAUGUUUCUCUAAAUUUAUUCUUGUUUACAUAUCUGUACUGGCAGAUUUUUCGUUUUGUGUAUGUACAUGAAAUGUUUUAUACGUGGAAGGAAUAAAAUAUUCUAGGUUUAUCGAAUAUUUGUGAUGACGAUUCUAAAAUUAGGAGCAAUCUCUCACUACUUAAGUCGUAAAUUGUUAUCAACCAAUAUAUAAAAUCCUUUAUUAAUCAUAUACACAGUAUGUUAAAAAUGGUAGGAUUGUUACAAAGUUUCGCGGAACUAUCUGUUUAUAUUCGAUUGUAAUCGAUGAAAUUGGUUUUUCUGUGGCUCCUUAUAAGUUGACAAUUACCAAAUAGAAUAUAUUGUUAAAAAAAAAAAAAAAUUGUUAUCUAUGUAAUUUGAGAAGGAAAUAAAACUAGGUAACGUUUUAUAAUCGUUUUUUAAUCGUCGAUUGCCCCUAAUUUUUUUUUUGUAAUAAAAUGCAUUG